AAAAGGAAGGCUUCAGCCAGGUAGGAACUCAGAACAUCACCAAGAGCAACAGCAGCAGUAACAGCAGCUCCAGCUACAACUGAGCAAAAAUGGCCGACAUGAACAUGAUGGGCAAGAUCACCUUCUACGAGGACAGGAACUUCAUGGGACGUUCCUAUGAGUGUAUGAAUGACAUGUCCGACAUGUCCUCCUACAUGUCCCGUUGCCACUCCUGCAGGGUGGAGAGAGGCUGCUUCAUGGUCUACAACCGCACCAACUACAUGGGUAACCAGUACUUCAUGAGGAGGGGCGAGUACGCCGACUACAUGAGCAUGUUUAACUGGAGCGACUGCAUCAGGUCCUGUCGUAUGAUCCCCAUGCACAGAGGAAGCUACAGGAUGAGGAUCUACGAGAGGGAGAACUUCGGUGGCCAGAUGCAUGAGAUGAUGGACGACUGUGACAACAUCAUGGAUCGUUACCGCAUGAACAACUGCAUGUCCUGCAACGUGAUGGACGGCCACUGGCUGAUGUACGAGCAGCCCAACUACAGAGGCAGAAUGUGGUACAUGAGGCCUGGCGAGUACAGGAACUUCCACCAGAUGAUGGGAGGCAUGGGAGGCAUGGGAGGCAUGGGCAACAUGUAUGAGUGUAUGAACGACAUGUCCGACAUGUCCUCCUACAUGUCCCGCUGCCACUCCUGCAGGGUGGAGAGAGGCUGUUUCAUGGUCUACGACCGCACCAACUACAUGGGUAACCAGUACUUCAUGAGGAGGGGCGAGUAUGCCGACUACAUGAGCAUGUUUGGCUGGAGCGACAGCAUCAGGUCCUGUCGUAUGAUCCCCAUGCACAGAGGAAGCUACAGGAUGAGGAUCUACGAGAGGGAGAACUUCGGUGGCCAGAUGCAUGAGAUGAUGGACGACUGUGAUAACAUCAUGGAUCGUUACCGCAUGAACAACUGCAUGUCCUGCAACGUGAUGGAGGGCAACUGGCUGAUGUACGAGCAGCCCAACUACAGAGGCAGAAUGUGGUACAUGAGGCCUGGCGAGUACAGGAACUUCAAUCAGAUGAUGGGAGGCAUGGGAGGCAUGGGAGGCAUGGGCAACAUGAGGUUCAUGAGCAUGAGGCGCAUCAUGGACUCUUUCUACUAGACAAUGUUUAGAUACUGUAACAUUAAGAUCUCAAUAAAGCCUAUAUAAAUAUAUUGUA